CAUCUACCUUUCUUACGCUACAUGUACAUUUCACACGAGAUUGUUGCAGACCCUUGAACUUAGAGACAUAGUUUGUUAUUAUGCAAUUGGUAUAAUCUCUAUUCUAUAUUUCCAGCAAAGAUGUGCCAAGGUUAAAGAGAGUUCAGUUAUUCAAAUAGCCGUGUACCCCUCCAUCUGGAGAUAUCCCUCGCUCAUAUACGAUACAUAACGGCGGACCCCCACCAUUACCUAUCGUAACAGUUCCCAAUUGGAGGUGUCGAUUAUAUAAUAAGACUAUUCUUCGUUUGCUAGCUCUUGAAUUUGCUAUCAUCCACCAUGGAGUUAGCGAAACAGGCUUACAGAGAUGAUUCCCAGUGGAAUGGGGUCGAAGAGGCCAUCGAAGACCCAGAGGAAAUCAGAGUCAUAUUCUGCGCCCUCGAUUCUUUUAGCCAAUACGCGAAGACGGCGCACCUAAACUGCACCCAUCUUCGUAGACAGGCGUUCUACGCUCUCCCUCAGGCCCAUUGGCAAUUGCUCGCUCAGCCGCCUUUUUCGUAUCUAGAUACGUUAAAUCGCAUAGACGAUGCUAUUGAGAGCAAUGCGGAGCUAGCCCGCAUCAUCGUCAAGGUUGGCUUAAAAUCCUUUGGCGUACUUGAAGCUGUCUCGGAAAAGGAGCUCACUAUGCCCGAGGAAUGGUCUGGUGUUGCCAAAUAUAAUGAUCUGGAUAAGGCCCGGAGCACUAUUAGGCAAUUCUACCGUGACUGGUCUGCCGAGGGUGCUAUUGAACGUGAUGCCUGUUACGGACCUAUAUACCGCGCGCUAAAUGAUGAGAGGGCAAGACAUCCUAACCGACAGCCGAUGAAAGUUUUGGUACCUGGCGCCGGGCUGGGACGACUAGUCUUUGAUCUCUGCCGGACGGGGUACCAUACCGAAGGCAACGAGAUUUCCUACCAUCAACUGUUGGCAUCGUCGUACAUUCUUAACUCUACCGAAACCGCUGGCCAACACACUAUAUUUCCAUGGAUCCACUCCUUCUCAAACCACAAGAGUCGCGAUAAUCAAUUUAAAUCUUACAAAAUCCCAGAUAUUCACCCCCAGACGACAUUGGCGGGGACAAGGGAAAUCGGCUCCAUGGAAAUGUGUGCCGCAGAUUUUCUCUGCCUGUACGGAGAUGAAAGCCACAAAGAUACUUACGAUGCCGUAGCUUCCGUCUUUUUCCUUGACACGGCGCCAAAUCUGAUUCGCUACCUCGAAGUAAUAAGAAAUUGUUUGAAACCUGGUGGUGUUCUUAUCAAUGUUGGACCUCUGUUAUGGCAUUGGGAGAAUCACGUCCCCGGCCAUCACGGAUAUGAUGGAGACGGUGAUUACGAUGAAAACAAUACUUCAGGCAUUGCAGACCCCGGAAGUUUCGAGCUUACCGAUGACGAAGUUGUCGCGUUGGUGGAGCGUAUGGGUUUUAUCCUGGAGAAACGAGAAACAGACCUACACGCCCCUUACGUGCAGGAUUCUCAGAGCAUGCUGCAAACGGUAUAUAAAGCUAGCCACUGGGUCGCGCGAAAGCCGGAAGACGAAUCUAAUUUGAUGUCUGAAAUCUAGACCUGCAUAUUGGUGGAAUCCGGGACGCAUCGCAUCUGGUAUCGCAGCUUGAUUUUUGCAAUGAUAUUAUCUAGACAUACCUAGCAUUGUAGACCUAGAUCCUAGAUCAAGGUACAUAAAGAAUGAGAACAUGUGUAAUGGCUCGAAUAUC